AUGGAGUUUCUCUGUCCAGCAUUCCAAAAGCAGGUUGUUAGCUCCGACAGCUCACAGAUUGCUGAAGCUGAGGCAGAUAGGAAUAGGAAAACAGCUCCCACAGAAAAUAAGCCAGAGUUCAGGAAUUAUUCCUUUGUUGAUGACCUGAACCUGCUAAAAUCAGUAGCAGAAAGAGAGAGGAAUGAAAAGGAGAGGGAGUCAAUUAGAAGCUCUUUGUACGAACAGCAGCUGGCCGUUGACGAUGCAGACUCCACCAAGAACCGCAGGCUGGUGGAUGACUAUGACUCCACUAAAAGUGGACUGGAUUAUAAAUUCCAAGAUGAUCCAGAUGGCCUCCAUCAAUUAGAUGGCACUCCUCUGACUGCUGAAGACAUUGUUCAAAAAAUUGCUGCAAGAAUUUAUGAGGAAAAUGACAGAGGAGUGUUUGACAAGAUUGUUUCAAAACUUCUAAAUCUGGGGCUAAUCACAGAGAGUCAGGCCUAUACCCUGGAGGAUGAAGUGGCAGAGGUUUUACAACAGCUAAUUGCAAAUGAAGCAAAGGAACGUGAGAAGGAGUCUGAAGACUUUGAUUACACUGCAAGCAGAGCAGACAGUGAUCCAAAGGAAAAGCAACAGGAAAGAAUGACACCAAGCAAAUCUUAUCAGGAUAGUAUCAUUAAUGGAGAGAUUGAUGAUACACUGGAUAACACAUGGUCAUCAUCUAAUAUCUUGGAAAGAAGAAAUGAGCUGCCUUCUGAAGAUAAUUUUGAAGACCUCCAAUACUUUCCAAAUUUUUACGCACUAUUAAAAAGUCUUAACUCAGAGACAGAGACAAAAGAGAAGGAGACCUUGAUAACUAUCAUGAAAACCCUGAUUGAUUUUGUGAAGAUGAUGGUUAAAUAUGGAACAAUCACACCAGAAGAAGGAGUUUCAUAUCUGGAAAACUUAGAUACAAUGAUAGCUGAGCAGACGAAGAAGAAGCUUGAGAACCCUUCCACUAAAACCAGAACAAAACUAACAGCAGACAAGAGUAGUGAAGAAGCAGACAGUACAAAGGAAGAAGCAGCUAAAAUGGAAAAGGAAUACGAAGUUUCAAAGGAUUCUACAAAAAAUGAAGGGCAAAAUGCAGCAGGAAAUAGUGAAGAGACUGGAGGGAAAUCUGAGGCAUAUUUGGAAGCAAUCAGGAAGAACAUAGAAUGGCUGAAAAAACACAAUAAACAAGGUAACAAGGAAGACUAUGAUCUUUCAAAGCUGAGGGAAUUCAUUGAUCAGCAAGCUGAUGCUUAUGUGGACAAGGGCAUCCUGGACAAGGAGGAGGCUGAUGUAAUUAAACGCAUCUAUGGCAGCCUGUAAAAGUCAGUGGCUGCCAGACAUGUAGAAAACUAGUCUAGUUUCCCCCACUCCUGGCUCAGUGACUUAUGAUCUGUUAAUUUGAGGAUAUCACUAGAAAUGCUCUGUUUACAUUGUACUGACAACUUUCUAGACAGCAAUGAAGAGCUGUAGUGCUCCAUUCACCCUCUGCAUCCUGUAUUUUCCUACAUUCACAAAUCAACCCUAAACACCAAAUUCUGACAGUGAAUUUCUAUUGGAUAGGGUCAAUAUUUCUGUAAUGCUCUCCUUGAUUUAUUAUUUGUGUUUGGUUUACUUUUGUAGAUCAACCAAUUGUUUCUGAUGGAAAGUUCUUUUAAUGCUACAUCUUUUUGCUCACACUCAACAAGCUUUCUAUAGAUGCAACUAUGUAAAGGGCAUUAUUAGAAAAUAGUUCAUAGUUCUCUAAAUAAAAUAUUUGAAAAU